AUGGCUUCCUCCACUUCGCUCGAGUCGUCCCUGCCCCCCGCGGCGCUGGAGAUCCUGCCGGACAUCAUGGCGGCGAUCGGCCAGACGCCCAUGGUGCGCGUCAACAGCAUCGGCAAGAAGGCGCAUCUGCAGUGCGAGCUCCUGGCCAAGUGCGAGUUCUUCAACGCCGGCGGCUCCGUCAAGGACCGCAUCGGCAAGCGCAUGGUGGAGGACGCCGAGGCCGCGGGCCGCAUCAAGCCGGGCGACACGCUCAUCGAGCCCACGUCGGGCAACACUGGCAUCGGCUUGGCGCUUGCGUCGGCGAUCAAGGGCUACCGCUGCAUCAUCACGCUGCCCGAGAAGAUGAGUCUGGAGAAGGUGAACGUCCUCAAGGCGCUGGGCGCGGAAAUCAUCCGCACGCCGACGGAGGCUGCGUGGGACUCGCCCGAGAGCCACAUCGGCAUCGCCAAGCGGCUGCAGGCCGAGCUCCCGAACGCCCACAUCCUCGACCAGUACGCCAACCCAUCGAACCCGCUGGCUCACUACGAAGGCACUGCCGAAGAGAUCCUGGACCAGUGUGACGGCAAGGUCGACAUGGUGGUUAUGGGCGUCGGCACUGGCGGCACCAUCUCCGGUAUCGCCAAGAAGCUCAAGGAGAAGUGCCCUGAUGUGAUCGUCGUGGGCGUGGACCCGGAGGGAUCGAUUCUGGCUCAGCCCGAAUCCCUGAACGACAAGAACCGCCUCCAGUCGUACAAGGUUGAAGGGAUCGGCUACGAUUUCAUCCCGGAUGUGCUUGACCGCAACCUGGUCGACAAGUGGGAGAAGACGAACGACCAGGAGUCGUUCAUCAUGUCCCGUCGCCUGAUCCGCGAGGAGGGACUGCUGUGCGGUGGAUCGAGUGGCUCUGCCAUGGCGGCCGCUGUGCGCGCUGCUUCAACUCUGAAGGCUGGCCAGCGUUGCGUUGUUAUCCUGCCGGACUCGACGCGCAACUACAUGAGCAAGUUCCUGAACGACGCGUGGAUGUACGAGAACAAGUUUGUGGAGAACACGGUGCACACGCGCGAGAACUACUCCAAGUACCGCAAGGAAACGGGCACCUGGUGGUCGGCGCAGCCUGUGUCUGUGCUGGAGCUGCCGCACCCGUCGACGGUGGCGCCACAUCUCUCGUGCGCUGCCGCCAUUGAAACGAUGGAGCGUCACGGCUACGACCAGCUUCCCGUCGUGAAAGAAAACGGCACGGUGCAGGGUGUGGUGACCAUCGGCAACCUGCUGUCCAUGCUGUCUUCUGGUCGCGUGAGCCGCGCGGACCCCGUGGCGGCUGUGACCUUCGGAAACUUCAGCCGCGUGACCCACGAAAGCUCGCUAGCGGAGCUCGCCACGAUCUUUGACAAGGACUAUUUCGCUGUCGUGACUUCAACUGACGGCAAGAUUGCGGGUCUCGCCACGCGGAUUGAUCUGCUCAACUACAUCACCAGCGCGCACAAGGAUUAA